AUGGACGGCGACUUGGGCGACUGGAGCAGCUUGGGAGAUUCUGGCGACAUGGGUGAUUACGAAGAUUUGGGAGACCUGCUCGACCUUUUCUCUGACUACACCGAGCCGAAGUCGUUGCCGACGUCACAGAUGCUUUUAUGGAUUCUGAAGUUUUUCGAAAUCGGCAUCUGCUGGAUUCUCGCCAUGCCAUUCUUUCUUUUUGUGAUUCGACUGUCUAGUGAGAUUUAUGCAGUGAGUUUUUGAAUUAUUGUCUGUGUGCCACGACUUAGAAUUUCGCCGAACGACAUUCCGCUGUGCCGCUGCGAGCCUUUGCGAACUUUGGUCAAGCUUUAAAUUUUUUUUUUCUUCCAUUAAAGUACUCUACUUUCAUGUGGUCCCACAGCAAUAACAAUUAAUUGAAAGCGUGACCUAUAUUCGAAAGACGCUUCGCGAACGCACGCAACGGAACAGCGGAAUGUCGUUCGGUGAAAUUUCAAGUCGCGGCACACAGACUAUACAAUCUCUACAUGUUUCAGUGGUUUCACUUCGAUUUUCAUCAAUCAUUUCAGUUGAUGCUUAGUCAGAGACAUGUCUUCUGUUUCCACCCGGAGAUUUUCAGAACGGCGUCUCCGCGUGGCUCUGUACCUACUACAUUCUCCACAUAGUCGUGCUCGGUCUUCAGUCUUACCUCGUAAAAUCGGACUACAACGUCUACAGCUUUCCAGCUCCAUUUGAUAAAACAAAGCUUCAGGCAGCCAGGGGAGCCGAAGAUCUUCUCGCUCUACUUGCCUCUACCGUUGUUCUUGGUGUUCGCGCCGUUUUCAAAAAGAUUACCCUUUACGUUGUAAGUUCAUUUUAAAUUAUUUCGAAUGGUGUAUGUAUUGAUGGGCCGAUAAUAAAAGAAGUUUCAGUUUCUCUACAUCGUUUUCCAAAGAUUCUCCUACUUUUUGGAUAAUGAAAAGCUGCGGGGCAUGUUUUCCGGGUAGGAUGUCGCUGUUCAGCGGGAGUCAGACUAACCUCUGAAAUUCCAGAAAGUCUGGCUUCUGUACUUUCAUCCUCAUUCUACUGAUCGCGAUUCUUCUUUACCUGUUGCCGACGAUGCCGUGUGUGUACAGGUCCCCUGAAGAAAUCCAAGCCGAUCUCAAGGACAUGGCGGCGGCUGUACGUUUCCUCAAGCUCCCUUUGAUCAGUUCGAACUGUAUCAAUCCUUUUCAGAAGGCGAAAAACCAUUCAUACUCGCCCGGCUGCGGGGACAUUGUUUCUUUCGGCGGCAUCACUUUCCACGUACCACUCCCAUUUUGAUUCCGUUCUUAGACAGAAGUUAACAGAUUGACAUUGCUUUCUCGCAACUCCUGUUCCCGAUGCUGAUCCUUGUGUAUCUGGCCAACGCCUCGAAAAGCCGAUCAAUGAACCGAUCGAUAGUCAUCGAAGUUCUCCCGCUUCUCGCCAUCAAAUCGGUUUUUGACUUCCAAUAUUUUUUAUCCAUUUUUUUAUUUUUUUCUCCUUCAGAUCAUUGUCCUGAGACUGUUCAUUCACUUCGUCCUCACUCUCUUCAACAAUUAUCAUUUGAAGCCAACCGACGAAGAAGAUCUUCAAAUGUGAGAUUUUAGGACUUAUCAAUGAAAAAGGCCCAAAGUUAUGUAUAUAUGUAAAAUUUCUAUUCGGAAUAAAUAAUCAGUGCAGUGGAAAUGGAUGAAACUGAAAUUGGCGUAUUCAGUCGCCUGCUUAGUGUUCAUAAACAGUGAUCAUUACGCGUGGAUCAUUGCAAUAGGGGCGCGAAAGAAGGGUCGAUUUUCGUGUAUUUGAUGGAAAAGUAGCGGUAAAUAAUUUUUUUUUAUUGAAGUCUUUUUCAACGCUUAGAAUAGCUUAGAUGUCUUUCAGCGCACAAUGAACCUAUUGAAAUAAUCAAAUCAACUCACUCAGUUUUCUCUUUCAACUUAUUUUUUUUUGGAUAAAUAAAAAUGGACAUUACAAGGAAAAGUACGCCAGGCAUCAACUUUCGUCUAAAUGUUGAACAUCUUGGUUUGCAGGAUGUUUCUGUGGAGCGCAGCAGUUCCGCUCUCGUUCAUGCUGGCGAGUCGCGACGGCCGAAUUCACACUCGUCGAGUGAUCGCCUUUCUGCCACGGCCUCCAGGCGUCAUGAUUCCUGUCAAGUACUGA